AUGGCUAGUGUUAACGUUGAGAAUGAUGGAAUUUUGAAAUCAUUUUCAGGCUCACCGCCUAUUCAUUACACUGUAAAGGAAACUGGUUUUUACCCAAAUGGAAACAAGAGGAGGAAUGUGGGAGGUCACAUAUCUCUCUACUUGGUAAUAGCUGGAAAAGAUUCGCUUCCCCAGAAUAAGAGAGUAUACUCGGUUUUUGAAGAUGCUUCUACAAAGCGAAAGUGCUUUAAUGGUGUUAUGCUUGAUGUGGCUGGAUUUGAUAAACUCAUCCCCAUUAAAAAAAUUAAGGACGUCUCCAAUGGGUAUCUUGUUGACGCACAUGCGUGUAUGGAGCCGAGGACAAUACUACUCUAUCCGAAGGGGAAUUCUGAUGCAACUGAUAGCCAUCUCUCAUUGUUCGUAGGCUUGGCUGAUUCUAAGACCCUUCCUUCUGGGUCUCUUAUAUUUGCAGAUUAUACAUUGCGCAUCCUAGAUCAAAUUCAUGGCAGGCAUUGCAGUAAAAUUGGUGAAAUUGGCCGCAUCUUCGGUACCUUGAAUAAGGAUUGGGGUUACAAUAAAUUCAUCGCGCUGGAGAUGUUCAAACAGGCAGGCGAGGGCUUUUUACUGAAUGACGCUUGCAUUAUUGAUGCAGAAGUCACUGUUCGUGGUAUUACUAGAGCUCUGUAG